CUGGACGGGAUCGGGCGGGGUGCUGCGGUGUAAGCGGUCCACAGCCUCCCAGCUGUUUCUCCCUUCCUGCGGGGAACACCCCUUUCUUCGUCCUCCUGCCACCCCGGUUCCCGCUGCCUCUCGCGUCACGGCGGAGAGCCCUCUUUCCCAGGCGGCCCCGAGGUCCAAGCCGCGAGCAGAUCGGAAGACCCGCUCGUAACCCGCCAAGUUUGUGCGCUGUCUCUAGCCCGACCCCGCCUUGACCCCUCGGGCGACCCCGUAGUCGUCCUCUGGCCCAGAGUUUCCGCGCCGCCGCCGCCCCGGGCUCAGCAGUUUGGUUCCUAGAGCGAAGCGAGCCGGAAGUGCGGCCUGACGGCGGCGCCGAGCUCCAUGGAAACACCGGAAGCGUGCCUCUGCGCAGCACUCCGCUCGCGUCCGGCGGCGCUGGCCUUCGGUUCCGGGGGAGUCGCGGCCCGGAAGCGCGGCCUCCGCGGUGAGAAGGCUGCCGCUGCAGGCCCUGGCCCCUGAGCUGGAGUCAGAGAUGGCGGCUGCGGAGGCAGUGCACCACAUCCACCUGCAGAACUUCUCCCGCUCGCUGCUGGAGACCCUCAACGGGCAGCGGCUGGGCGGGCACUUCUGCGAUGUGACCGUGCGAAUUCGCGAGGCUUCACUGCGCGCACACCGCUGUGUGCUGGCCGCUGGCUCGCCCUUCUUCCAGGACAAGCUGCUGCUUGGUCACUCGGAGAUCCGCGUGCCCCCGGUGGUGCCUGCGCAGACGGUGCGCCAGCUUGUCGAAUUUCUCUAUAGCGGCUCGCUGGUGGUGGCGCAGGGCGAGGCGCUGCAGGUGCUCACUGCCGCUUCAGUGCUGCGCAUUCAGACGGUCAUCGACGAAUGCACCCAGAUCAUUGCCCGCGCCCGCGCCCCCAGUGCCCCCACGCCCUUGCCUGUGCCCCCACCGCUGGCCCCCGCACAGCUGCGUCACCGCCUGCGCCACCUGCUGGCCGCGCGUCCCCUGGGACCCCCAAGUGCAGCGCACAGCCGCAAGCAGCGCCAGCCCGCGCGCCUGCAGCUACCUGCGCCCCCAGCGCCUUCCCGUGCUGAGGGACCCACGGCCAGCCCCACCCUGCCCGCUGCGCCUGAUGACAGGGGUGAUGACGACGAGGACACUGAGGACAGCGAUGGUGAGGAUGGUGAGGGCUCUGCGCCUCCUGCCUUCCCUGACUGUGCUGCCGGUUUUCUCCCAGUCGCAGCGGACGCAGCGCAAGAGGAGACCCCUCAGCCGCCUGGCCUCUCCGACCACAGUGGUGCCGGCAGGGACUUCCUGCGGGGGGCUGCGGCGGCCGAGGAUGUGUUUGUGGACGGCUUUGUGUCCACCUGGCGGGAGGAGGAAGGCUCCGUUACAGAAGGUGGCCCUGCUGAACCAGCUGCACCUCCAUCUGACUGCGCGCUAGCUGGGCCACGCCCGCCACCACCUGUUGCUAAGACCUCAGGGCCCUUGGCCUCGCUCUUCCCCUUCCACCUGGGAGCCCCUGGCCCGCCCGCACCCCAGGGGCCUUCCUUCUACCCCGCACUGCAGCCUGAAGCUCCCAGCACUCAGCUAGGGGAUGCUCCGGCCCCACCAGCCCCGGUAGUCCCGCCUGCCUAUGAGUGCAACCAUUGCCACAAGACCUUCAGCUCACGGAAGAACUACACUAAGCAUAUGUUCAUCCACUCCGGGGAGAAGCCACAUCAGUGUGCCGUGUGCUGGCGAUCCUUCUCCUUGCGUGACUACCUGCUCAAGCACAUGGUCACGCACACAGGUGUGCGUGCCUUCCAGUGUGCCGUCUGCGCCAAGCGCUUCACGCAGAAGAGCUCGCUCAACGUGCACAUGCGCACACACCGGCCCGAACGAGCACCUUGUCCUGUCUGCGGCAAAGUCUUUUCACACCGAGCUCUGCUGGAGCGCCACCUGGCCACACAUCCUGCGCCCUGACUGACCACACCCCUCCUGUGCUCCCACUGCACUCCCCAGCCUGGCCCCUUUUUUCUGUGCACAGUUCCAAACUGACCUGGAGUCCUGAACCAGAGUAAUACAACUUGGGAUCCAUGACCUCUCAGGUUGUCCUGGGGUUUGGGUCAGGACGAGGCCAGUAUCUCCCAUCUGGACCUUUAUCCUCGUUCAGUGGACUCCUGAGAUGUUGUGGACCCAUCAUGGAUAGAUUCAGGUAGACUCAAGACUAUUUAAUAAAGUUUAUUGGGCCAGGGCCCAC